UUCAAACAAUACCCAAAAGGAGAAGAAGAAAAAGAAGAAACAUGGAAGAUCCAACACUAUGUGCCAAUGGAUGUGGCUUCUUUGGGACACCUGCCACUCAAAACCUAUGUUCCAAGUGUUAUAGAGAUUUUCUCAAGGAAGAAGAAGAGUCUACGAAAGCAAAAGCCAUGUCCAUGAAGAAAGCUAUAAGGCCAAGAGUAGAGUCAACCUCAUCCUUAGAUGAUGUUGCCAUCUCCAUGGUUCAACUAUCUUUAUCUUUUGAUAAUACUAAAAAGACUAUUAAUGGUAAUUCUUCCACGAAGAAGUCGGAGCAAUGCGAGAUGUGUAAGAAGAAGGUGGGAAUCAUAGGAUUCAAGUGCCGGUGUGGAAGUAUGUUCUGUGGGAAGCAUCGUUUGCCCGAAAAGCAUGAAUGCAACUUCGACUACAAGGCUAUGGGACGUGAGAUUUUGAUGAAGCAAAACCCACCAUUGAAGCCUGAGAAGUUACCAGUAAGGUUUUGAACUGUAAUAGGAAUCAUUUAUUCUUCAUCACAUGGAAAUUGUUAAAUCUUACAAUUUUGAAUUUCAAGGAGGAGUGAUUCAUGAAGUGUUUCAUAUGGUUGGGACUGAAUUUUUAAUUAAAUCUUUGUUUUAGGGAGAGAACUUCGAUUGAUUGAUAUUUAUCUUCUAUCAAUUAAUUUAAUAUCUUUUGUCAACUAAAAA